UGGUAGCAGUGCCUGCCGCGGUCAGUCCGGUUUCAGCGCCUAGGUAUUGGAGGCAACAGAGGCCACAGAUCUUUCACCACCGCGAAGUGCUCAGUUAGCGCGAGGGGUUUGGAGGGGACUGUCUACGUUUUUAUGUUUCAUUCGAGUCUUUUCUCACCGUGUAAAUGCAAGCGAAUUCGGAACUGAUAUCUGGGCGUGCCAAGACAGUUGAGAUUGCCAUGAUGAAGCGCCGUUCGUUGGCUGGGAACUGCGGAGUGGGAGUGUUCGUGAUUGCCCUGGUCACGGUGCUGGUCGCCUUUGCGACGCCAAGCUGGCUGGUGAGCGACUAUCGCAUCACCGGAGCGAAGCUGGAUCGGCUUGGCCUGUGGACGCACUGUUUCCGCUCGCUGCCGGAUGUGAAUGACGAUUAUCAGCGGCGGUUCUUCGUUGGCUGCCGGUGGGUGUACGAUCCGUUCACCAAGGGCUACGACGAGAUACGAGGAUUCCUGAUACCGCCUUUUAUGGUUGCUACACAAUUUUUCUACACGCUGUGUGCGAUUGGAGUACUGCUGUCGAUGAUCCUGGUUUUGCUGUUCUUCCUAUGUGCCGGUCCAGAUCAGAAGUUUUUCGUUAAGUUAAUCAGGACAAUCGGUUACUUAACACUGGCGGCCGGAAUCUGUGGUGGCAUCGGCGUCAUCGUGUUCGCCGUGUUUGGCAAUAAGGACAAGUGGAUGCCAGAGCACGCCAACAAUUGGUUCGGUUGGUCCUUCAUUCUGGCUUGUAUCGGUGCGGUUGCAUGCGGUGUCGCGUCGUCUCUGUUCCUGACGGAAGCGCACGUGCAAGCACGGAAGCGAAGACAGCUGAAGGAAUCGCAAACCCGAUUCCAGAUUGACAGUGAAUCGAAAGCUUAGUCUAGUUUCGGGCGAAAUUGCUUUUCCAACCAGCGAAACGCGCACAUCAUAAGCUGGUGGAGAAGAAAUCCAACAGUACAAUCCGGAAUGUGUGAAAUGCCUUUUAUUAUCGAAAGUUACGAAUCUCGACAAACAUAUUUUUAUCUAUACACAAGGAAAAUGGUUGAAUCUGUAAAUAUGAUCUAAAACUAGUUUAGCGUUCAAUUAACACAUUCAGCUAUUUUUCCACCAAUCUCUCGUACUAAUCGAAACGCGAUGCCGUCCACACAUUUAGCAGUUAAACCUUUACGUUAGACGUUUUACUUUACACCGUUGAAUGUAAAUAACUUUUGAACGAAACAUUCCAGCAGAACAUUGUGGUCAAGCUUGCUGCUUCUUGCAUUAUGUACCUUUCUAGUAAAUUCCAAACCUUGAAUGCCAAAUUAGAUCGAUAGAGAACACCGAAUCCGGACGCGAAUCUGUUUAUUUUAGGCAAACUUGAAGCGCAAAUGUCUUUUGCAUGGUAUUUUUCAUUUUUAAUUUCAACCGUUUUCGUUUUUAUUUCAACCGCGAUCCACUGUGUUUGUGUGGAUCGUUGUGCUGCCUUCAUUAAGAUAAACCAAUUAAGUAACGAUUUGAGCAAUGGCGCAAGAAUCAUUCUUCCUAGGGUAAGUAAAAUUUACAUAGGAAGCUAUCGAAUCGAAGUGGUGUAACUGUAAUUGGCUCAUUGCUAGGCAAAAAAACUAUGUUUUAGAGUGAUCCGCGCUAGCGGAUUUCUUUUAGCGUAAGCAUUUUUUUAGGGUUAAGAAAAAGUAAUUUUUACUGAAGAACAUUUCAACUAAUAAACAUUAAACGGAA